UUUUUUUCUAUUUUGUAGGAUUAUUAUCUAGACAUGCGGUAGCAUUCCGCUUCAAGUAUAUAUAUAAUCAUGGUAAUUAAUUUUUAAUAGUUUUCUUCAAGAUUGACUUUCAACAUGCGUGACGAAGAAAUCUGAUUUUUCCUCUUAAUGAAAUCAAAGACAAUCAUUUCGCUAGUAUUUAAUUUAUAGUCCUUGGUAAUUUUUCAACAUUGCGAUGAUUUAACGACCGACGAAUAACGUACACUAAUAAAUAAUUCCAGAUUAUUUCUCUAACUGAAGCAUGUGUCGUACUUGUGGGUUGUAGUGGUUCUCAUGGCGUAGAUCAAACGGGAGCAAGCACGUCUCAGAAUACAUCUCAUGUUUGAAUGCAUAAUACCGUGACCGAGAUUCCGAUUUCGGACCUUUUUAAAAGAAACUAUUUUUUGUACGAAUCGCAGAACAACGUUAUGCGAGGUCUCGGCUGCAUACCCUUGUUUGAUAGAUAAAUCGCAGCUAAAAAUCUAACACACAUUUUAGAUCAACAUAAAUUGUGCCGAUGAGAUUCAACCUUAUAAUAAACUCCAUACGCAUGCUCUCCACUGAGCAGCGCAUACCGAAAGUAUGCAUUGUCGGAGCAGGUCCAGCAGGCUUUUACGCGGCUAAACAAUUGCUGAAGUUGAAUGACGUGAAAGUCGACAUACUGGAGAAACUACCGCUCCCCUUCGGUCUCGUGCGUUUCGGAGUUGCUCCGGAUCAUCCGGAAGUCAAGAACGUCAUUAACACUUUUCACAAAACGGCUAUUGAUCCGCGCGUGCACUUCUUAGGCAAUAUUAACAUCGGCGUAGAUGUCAGCGUCCCUCAACUACGUGAACUUUAUGAUGCUGUGUUACUGACCUUCGGGGCCCAAGAAGACCAACUGCUCGGUAUACCAGGUGAAAAUUUGAAGAAUGUUAUGUCAGGCCGGCGUUUUGUUGGUUGGUACAAUGGAGUACCAGCUGACAAGGAUCUAAAAAUAAAUUUGGAUACAGAGGAAGUAGUUGUCUUAGGUCAGGGUAAUGUAGCCGUGGACAUUACGAGGAUUCUUUUAACGCCAAUCGAUAAACUUAAGAAUACCGAUAUCACGUCUUAUGCAUUAGAACAGUUAUCUCAAAGCAGAGUACGAAAAGUCAGCAUGAUCGGACGAAGAGGACCGCUGCAGGUGGCGUUUACAAUCGCGGAGCUGCGUGAGCUCAUCAAACUGGAGAAUAUGAAGACUGUCUGGCGACCACAGGAUUUCACGGGCGUACAGGAGAUCGUGCCAACCUUGGCCAGACCACGGAAAAGACUGACAGAGCUUAUGCUGAAAUCUUUAGAAGAAUCAAAGGUUGAUUCGGCGCAUACCAAAGAAUUACACCCCAUCUUUCUACGAAGUCCACUGGAAUUUCUUGGUGCGGAUCACGUGAAGAGCAUCCGUCUGACCGUCAAUUGUCUACAAGGGGACACGAUGCAAAAUCAGAUGGCUAAGUCGACUGGCGAAAUCGAGGAGAUCGCAUGUGGUUUAGCUGUACGUAGCAUCGGCUAUAAAUCUUUGCGAAUCGAUAAUUCGAUUCCGUUCGACGUAAAGAAAGGACGUAUAGAAAACGUUGCCGGCAAAGUCGAGGGAAACCUCUAUAGUACCGGAUGGGCAGCGACCGGCCCGGUAGGCGUCAUCCUAUCGACCAUGACAAGUGCUUUUCAAGUCGGAAAAUUGAUCUGUAAGGAAUUGGAAGAGUCUACGAAAGAGAACAAGGCGGGGUCGGAUGGUCUACGAAAGAUUCUGGACUCCAAGGGUGUACAGGUCGUAUCUUACAGUGACUGGAAGAAGAUCGAUCAAGUUGAGUGCGAGCGGGGCAAGCAGUUAGGAAAACCGCGCGAAAAGAUCGUCGACAUAGCAGAAAUGUUGGAAAUAGCUGCGUAAUAAGCAACAUGAAAGAUAUUUGAAGAACUGUGACAUCUAUCAAUCCUCAAGUCUCCGUUCUAUUUGUAUAAUUUAGGAAUAAUUAUCGUAUCUUCGUUGAUAACGAACUAAUUGAAUAAUCUGGUUGAUCCAGUGCAUUUUUCCAUUAAAAAAGGGAGAAGAUAAUCAACA